AUGUCAAUAAAACCUAUUUUUGACUGCUUGCUAUGCUGCGAUGAAAAGCUUAUUCUCAAAAAGAUUAGCCACGAUACACUGCAGAAAUACACAGAUUAUCAGUAUAAACCGUUCAUUGCUAAUUUUCACCCGAUUUCUUCAAUGGAAAUUACCCCUGUUCCUCAAAAUGAAUCUCGGCCUAUUCCUAAGCUAAAUGUAUACUUAAUUAGAUUAUAGAAAAGCUCCCCGCCAGUAUCCAGAGAUUCUUAUUCCCUUCGCUGACAAGCACGAACUUCAAAGUGCCAGAUAUAGGCCUGCAUAGCUUGCUGGCAGUUGGAAGUUUGCCGUACGUCAACAGGGUUGCCACCAUUGAAAAUUCAAAAGGGUUGAAUUUUUCUUGCCGGCUCUCAGAUAAGAUGGAAAUCCGUAGCUCAGGGCGUAAAUCCUGGUUUCACAUUGGGAAAAGUCCCAAUUCGUUAAGAUUAGCGCCAUUGACACUACUGAAAACUCCUUUACAGCUUCCGGACCUAUCUUCCUCUAAGGUAAAAACUUGGCAUUGGAGUAAAGCCUGCAUAAAUAAAAUAUGGCGUCUUCGUCUAGGUAUGGCCUCCCGGCCAUACAUCCUCGACUUAUAUUUUAUUUAUAUCCGGCAAGGUUUUACCAUUUCAGAGAUGGACUGCAAUGCUAGGUAAGCAAUUCUGGUAGCUUUCAGAGCCUAGCCCUAGUCUGUUCUUAGGGGUGGAUUUUUCCUCGUGGGGAAGGAGGGUGCAAGGUUGGAAAGGGGAAGCCCAGCAAAGUCCUCUGGACCAUUCGGGCAACUCCCUAGCGUGAAACUGGGCGUUACGUCCCAGGCUUUGCAUUUUUCCUUUUUGCCGAUAGCCGACCAGAAAAAUCCAUUUUUUGGGUUUUUCGGAAAAGCAACCCAUGUACAAGCAAGUAGCUCAUUCAUGAGCCGUCGAAGACGUGGACAUUUGCCCUAGAAGCACCUUGGAGAUCAAAGCGAGUCUGUCCCCAGCGGACUGGUGGGCCCGAUGCGACGAAAGGCGAGUGAUAAACCUGGGGUCGUAACCCCGUAGUGGACGUUAAGCGAUAUAAAUACCAUAGAGAUAAGAUAAGGAGUAAAGCCUGCGGUCGGCCAACCAGAUAUUACGCUUCACUGAAAGAAAAGUCUAACCGGAUACACAUAUCAAACGUCAGCCUCCCUUCCUUAAGGUCCCCGGUAUCCUUUCAUAUAUCAGCUACAGGAGUCAAAGAUGAUGGGUUGAUUCAUCGCGCCAUUUUAAGCUAAACCAUUGGAGCUAUUUUAAGCGAAAAAAAGAAACCUUACAAGGCCAAAUUGCUCAGGAAGUGGUUAUAGAGAAAUCGAUGAUAAGAAAAGAUAUGACAAAGACCAUGAUUACUUAUGAAGAAAAGAUUUACGAUAUUUACGAACCUGAAUUCAGCUCAGAUGAAGAGAAAGCCUCGCUAAAUAUUCAUGAGAAUAGCCAAAUACCAGUUAGGUCACAAUUAGCUAGAAAGCCAAAAAAAACGAAAAAGAAAUCGGUACAAAGGAAAACCAUGCUGCAAGCUUUUGUAAAAUCUUUAGGAAGGUUUAAAUAA